GCAAGCAUGCAUGACAAGGAGAGGCAGAAGGAGCUCAGGCUCAGGCAAGCCUGGGAUGCUGCUAAGGAGGUGCCCAUCAUUCAGGAUGAGCAGAAAGUUCGGAAGCGCUUGAGUAUCAUCCAGUUCGUCACCUGUACCUUUGUAGGAAUCUUAGUAUUUGCACUGGCCUUCUUCAGCAAAACAUCUCUAUUGUUACUAAUAAGCCUCUCCAACAAAGCCUCAAAAACCAUAAACAACAAACCAUAUGCCCUGCUUUUCAUCGGGUGCCUUUUAAUUGCUCCAAGUGUUUUAACACUGAUGAAGAGCGUAUGGAAGAUUACGUUUAAGGACUCAAAAACGCCAUCGAAACAAACUCUCAUAUGGGUUGUCUUGGUGGAAUCUUUGGUUGCUCUGGGCUCAGCUGUCCUCACCCUGGUCUGCAUGCCGAAUUUCGACAUUCUGACUAACGUGAUGCUUCUGAGCGGCAUUGCCACAUCAUCAGCUGUCCUGCAGGUGAUUGCAAAUAUGGUUGCGCAUGGAAGGAGGCAAUUUAUAGGAACCUCUUCGCUCUCUGUAGUCCUCCUGAUCGCCGGCUUCACCUUCUUCGCCGUAAACUACCUUAGAGAGGGGAGCAGAAGGCAGGAGAUGGCUCUGUUUGUGGGACUGGCAAUAGGAAGCACUUUCCUGGUCUCUCUGAGCUGGUGGGAGAACUACGCCAUGCUUUUCCAGAUUACCUUCUUCAAGAACACCAUCCGGGACAUCAAAAGGUCACGGAAUCUGGUCGGCAUCGUGUCCAGUGUGGUGCGAAUUGCCGUGAUCUCCAGCGUCCUGGGAGCAUACGUGAAACUCUCAGGACAAGAAUGGUCAUCAGUCCUGUCGAUCAGUUCAUCCACCAAGAUUGUCGUCCUCAGCCUCUUCGCAAUCCAGUCCGUCGCAGUUUCGUCCUUCCACUGA